CUCUGAACACCCACGUCAGCACAGGCUUUUUUUCCCCCUCUCAACAAACGGGUUUCGGUCUUUAGGGCUGAGCAGGAAGUGGAUGUUUACCCAGAUCGGGGAAGCCACGACAAUUUAGUUAAAGUGUCCAGAAAUGGAGAUGGUUUGUGAAAUUGGGACAAACAGACCAAUGCGACCUUCGGCAGAGCCAGGUCGCCAGCAUCCUCACAGAUGGUCCAGUGCAGACAUAACAUCAAGCCAUCAGAGCUGCCUGCUGAAGCAGCUGGACCAGCAGCGCCGACAAGAUCUCUUUUGCGACUGCAACGUGCUGGUUGAGGGCCACCUUUUCAAGGCUCAUCGCAAUGUGCUCUUCGGCAGCAGUGGUUAUUUCCGUAUGCUGCUCACCCAGGGAGCUAAAGACUGCGCCGAGCCAGCAAGCGCUUCGUUCGACGUCUUCAGCCCAGAGACCUUCACUGUAAUCCUGGACUUCGUCUACUCGGGACACCUGGAGCUCACGAGCAGUAAUGUCAUUGAAGUGAUGUCAGCAGCCAGCUACCUGCAAAUGAACGACGUCAUUGCCUACUGCAAGGACUUCAUCAAGUCCUCGCUGGAGAUUAGCGCCAAGGAAGAUGACGACCGGUACCUCUGCCUGUCAGAUAACAGCAUGGGCCAUGAGCGCAGUGGUGAUGUGGACCAGGCUGGACCUUGCUCCCUCAAUGGUCAGCCCACAAUUUGGGCCGAGGAUGACGUGCAAUCGAAGGACUAUCAGGUGGACAUCAGCCCAGAGGUCACCCUCCUGCCGCCAAGCCCAGCCCAGCAUCCGAGAAUGGUGAAAACAGAGCUGGAACCAGACCAAGACAUGCAGCUAGAGUUUACCACCCUUGUCCCAGAGCGCAGAAGGAGGGGAUCCAAGAGGAAAGCCAGCGGAGGACGCCCGGUUGCCAGUGACAACUCCUCAGUUGACCUCCAGAUGGCAGCCUCACACAGCGCACAGAAAGCAGAUGAACUGUAUGCCACCCUACCUACCAUUGUUGGAGUUGUGGGAGUCUUCAAUAAAGUAGACUCAAACCCUACCAUGCGUUUCAAGUGCCCUUUCUGCACACACACUGUGAAAAGGAAGGCUGACCUGAAGAGACAUCUCCGUUGUCAUACGGGCGAACGCCCCUACCCCUGCCAGGCGUGUAACAAGCGCUUCACUCGGCUAGAGCACCUGCGCAGCCAUUUUGAGACGAUCCAUCAGGCGCGUAAGCUGGUGUGUCGUAAAUGCAAGCGCCACGUGACCGAGCUGAGCGGGAGGGUGGUGUGCGAGGGCACGCGGUGCUAUCGGCUGUGUGGCGUCUGUAUCCAGGAGACAAGUUACGCCGGCAUGACUGUGGAGGGGGAGGGGGAGGUGGGCCAGCAGCAGGAGGAGCAUGCGGCCACAGAGGAGCCAGAGCUGUUGCUGGGGGUGGACGAGGCCGAAGCCGACGGGGAGAACCAGGACCCCAGCUGGGUCAUCACAGAUGACGACGACCUGGCCGAGGACUCGGGUGCCGACCUGAUAAUCCAGGAGGUGGACGACAGUGAUGAGGAGCUGAAUGAAAAGCAGGACUGAUUGCAAUGCUGAGAUACUGAGGCUGAAUAUGGGCGAGGACUGAGAAAGAUCUGAAUAUGAUUCUAAGUUUCAAGGGGAGAGAGUAGUUGAAAAUGCAUAUGGCACCUGAUAAUUACAGAGAUAAUAAGUUGAAGUGCAAAGAUGCAAUUUCUGUUAUGGGUGAUGCCCUUAUUAGUUUGGUAAAUGAGAAUUAAAUGAUUUUUCAAUCAUUAUGAACCUGUUGUUACAAAACAAAACACACAUUUUUGCUUAGGAAUAUUUGAAAUGCACAUCACAGACAUUAUACUACCAUCAAGUAGUUGCAUGCACGGCUUUCUUGUUCUAAGCCACACAUUUCUUUGUUUUAAUUUCCUGUUUCCCCUGUCUCUGAGGAGAGACAUAAAAAGCUCACCCAAAUGUCAUGGCCUUGUGGAAAAUUGUUAAAAAUGAAAAUGAUGGGUAGCUUCCUACAUUAAUGUGCAUUAAACGGUUAAAUACAUAGAAUUCCACUUAAUUAUAGGCCUAGUAAAAGUAUGGCUGUUACUGAUGAUAACUUUGUUUAUUUAUUAUCUUCCGAGUGAUAUACUUUUAUAUUCAAUAAAAUAUUUUUAUACCCCG